GGAAGUGUCAGCCUAGAGUUUGUCGAAGUGCUAACGGCUACGCUAAUGCAUUACAGAGCGCAAAUCGAGUCUCUGGCUGAAUGUGUCAUCUUCAUCCCAGACAGAAAUUUACACUCUAUCGCCAUGCUACCGCAGCAGUGAACAUUCUCCACGGAAAUAAAAAGAAACGACGGUAUAUCCUUCUGCUUAUCCAAGCGGUGAAACUAGGCAGGUGUGAAUGACCGACGUGUUGCCUACCACCGCCCUCAGUGAAAUAAAGCUCCGCCUACUCUGCCACGAUGACAUAGAGAGAAUAAAAGUGCUCUGUGGAGAGUGGUUCCCCAUUGAGUAUCCAGACUCAUGGUACCAUGACAUCACAUCAAAUAAGAAGUUCUUCUCUCUGGCUGCCACCUAUAGAGGUGGAAUUGUGGGGAUGAUUGUGGCAGAAAUAAAAAGCAGAACGAAAGUGCACAAAGAGUAUUAUCCCAGCAAACCGCCUGUGUUGCUAACUCAGCAAUCAGCAUAUAUUUUUAUCCAUCAGGAUGGAGACAUCUUGGCCUCCAGCUUUCCUGUUGAAACUCAAGUUGCGUACAUCCUGAGUUUAGGAGUCGUGAAAGAGUUUCGCAAACAUGGAGUAGGCUCUUUGUUGCUGGACAGUUUAAAGGAGCACAUCUCCACCACGGCACAGGACCAUUGUAAAGCCAUCUACCUGCAUGUGCUCACCACCAAUAACACUGCCAUUCACUUCUAUGAGAACAGAGACUUUAAACAGCACCAUUAUUUACCAUAUUAUUACUCUAUACGAGGAGUGCUGAAGGAUGGCUUCACCUACGUCCUGUACAUCAAUGGCGGACAUCCUCCAUGGACGAUCUUUGAUUAUAUUCAUCAUAUAGGUUCGGCACUGGCCAGUCUGAGCCCCUGUUCUAUUCCUCAGAGGAUUUACCGGCAAGCACAGAAUCUCCUGCGCAGCUUUCUGCCGUGGUCGGGCAUCUCUUCCAAGAGCGGCAUUGAGUACAGCAGAACCAUGUGGAGGAGAUUGAUUUUUUUGGGUCACAUCAGAUGCCUGGGCUGCUGAAGACUGAUAUCGGCUCUCUCUGGUCUGGAGCAGUGUAUUAUACUUGUACAUUUUAUAUAUAUAUACUUUAAUAUAUGCAUUGCCAUUAUUAGGUUUCCUUUUUAAUAUAAACUAUCCACUUCAUGCCUGUAAUUCUGCUGCUGUGUAGAAAUAUUCUAUUGUUUAUUCAAAUUUUUAAUAUAAAUAGUUUUUUUGUGUGUGUGUGCCUGUUCUAUAGGAUAUUUUAGGAUUCGAUGGUAGAAGUAUGCAUACUUUUUCCAUUUAGUCAUUUUCAUCCAUGUCAAGCUCUAGUGUUUUGUUUGUUGACACUAAGCAUGUAUUUCAGCCCCCAGUUUUAAGUUUAAUAUUUGUUUUUUUUUUUUAAAUAACAUUUGCACAGAGGCGAUGAAUGUAGUGUUGCUAUGAAGGGAAGAAAUGCCAGAGUUACCGAAAACCCUCCAUCUCACCAAAUGUGUAUUGUUAAUGUCAAAUUCAAAUGCGGGAAAAAAAAAAAAAAACGUUUUAAAUUUAGAGCAUUUUAAUUUAGUUAGAACAUUACAUCCUGCCAUUCAUUGCAAUGUACUUGCUCUUUUAAUGGGGAAAUGAAUGUAGUGGGGGGAGAAAUGUUUGAUUUUUGCUGUGUUGCUGUGAAUCAGGGAUUUACACAAAAAUAAACGUAUUUGAGAAAAAUACUCCUGUGUUACACAAAUUACAAUAUCAAAGAUUAUAUUUAUCUGUGUUUGACCAUACAUUCAUGAUGUCUGUGUUGAAACAUUGAUGUUUUGAUGAAGCAUUUCUGUGAAAUUAUAAGAGAAACCUUAUGGAAACUACUGUAUCAGAUGUUAUUGGCCUUCAAGCAUUUGAAUAAUGUUUCUUCCAAUUCCUUGUUUGUAUACGUGCUUUGUUUUAUCCAAAAUAUUGAUUUUGAAGACAAAUAGCAUGUAUGAAUAGCUUUUUUAAACAAGUUUUCAAUAUAGGUAAUAUAAUCACUAUCACCUUGUGCUUUUGAGCGUGAAAGUGUGUGUAAAUCUGCAAUAAUUCUCCCAUUUGUCUUGUUUUUAAUGUUGCACUGUUGUAAAAUUGGUACAUUGUUUUACAUUUCAUUGUAUAACAUUUUCAUUGUGUAGGUAUUAAGAAUUGAAAUAGGGGAAAUGUCUAAUACUCUUCUAGAAAAAAUGCAUUCUAACCCUAAGAUGGCCAUGGUGUAGGUGAAAUGAAAUAUGGAAAGCAGCAGUAACUGAAUUUUUCCAAAUAGUUUCUGGAUUGUGUAGCACCCUCUAGUGUUCACUGAGAUGAUUUUUAAUUUGUGCACAAAUUAAUGUAUUUGUAUUUGUUGAAUUGCACCAUUUGCAUCCCUCCAUUUGUCUAUUCUUCAUUUAUGAAUUGAUUCAUGCAUUAAGAGAUUUUUGAGAUGACCUACAGGCAAGAGUGAAAUAAAAAAGAUUGUGCAAC